AUGGCAUCUCCUCAAGGUCCCUACCGUCUUGUCACCGUCAACACCGCGCCCGAGAGGGCCAAACGGCUCAUCGGACGGGUAGUUGAAGCUCUGAAAGACCAGUACACCAUCAUCCAUGUGGACAACUGCGAGAGAAUCGAAGAAGUUGCUCCCAAGGUGAAAGAGCACAUGCCUGACGUCCUGUUCAGCGCUUCCAUGUGGACCGACGAGCAGGCUCGCGAGAUCCAUUCCAUUGCCCGAGAAAUCAGGCCGGACAUCAAGCUUCAUGCUAUCCCGGAAGGAUUGCAGGUAGAACGGGGUCCCGACGCGGUGGUGGAAUACCUCUGUGAAAAAGUGCCAAUCCUUUUGGGUUAG